CAAAGGUUCGAAGAAUUAGCAAUAUUCUUAAUCGAUAUGUCCCUGGUCGCACUCAAUUUCCCAUCUCAUCUUGUCAGCAAAGAGCCUUGAACACCAACCGAAGAGGUGAUAUGUACCCUAGCACUGGUUUCGUGGCUGAGCAAAGAGCCUUGAAUGACAAGACCGAAGAGAUCCCUGCCACGCCACCAUUUUCCCCUACAUUUCUGACAAAAAAAUCUUUUUUACUCGCCGCCAUAUCUAUCAAGGAGACGUCUUGCUCUUUCUUGCUUCCUUACAAUUGGCAAUAG